GAAGGUCAAGUAUGAUGGAGGAGCUGAGACAGAUCCUCACUGGAGUCCAGAGAGCAGGAAGAUGAUGGAGUCUCUGGGAAAACUGGCUUUUGAGCAGCUGCAGAAAGGAAACCUGAUCUUCUAUGAAUCCGACCUGACAGAGUGUGGUAUCGAUAUUAGAGCAGCCUCAGUGUAUUCAGGAGUGUUCACACAGAUCUUUAAAGAGGAGAGAGGCCUGUACCAGGACAAGGUCUUCUGCUUCAUCCAUCUGAGUGUUCAGGAGUUUCUGGCUGCUCUUCAUGUCCACCUGACCUUCAUCAACUCUGGACUCAACCUCAUGGAGGAAGAACAAAAGAAACAUUUUAAGAUCUUUAGAAAAAGACAAAGCAGUCCAGUCAAAUUCUACCAGAGUGCUGUGAAUGCGGCCUUACAGAGUCCAAACGGACACAUGGACUUGUUCCUCCGGUUCCUCCUGGGUCUUUCACUGCAGACCAAUCAGAGUCUCCUACGAGGUCUGAUGACUCAGACAGGAAGUAUCUCACAGACCAAUCAGGAAACAGUCCAGUUCAUCAAGGAGAAGAUCAGUGAGGAUCUGUCUGCAGAGAAAAGCAUCAACCUGUUCCACUGUCUGAAUGAACUGAAUGAUGGUUCUCUAGUGGAGGAGAUCCAACAGUUCCUGAGUUCAGGACGUCUCUCAACAGAUAAACUGUCUCCUGCUCAGUGGUCUGCUCUGGUCUUCAUCUUACUGUUAUCAGAAGAAGAUCUGGAAGAGUUUGACCUGAAGAAAUACUCUGCUUCAGAGGAGGCUCUUCUGAGGAUGCUGCCAGUGAUCAAAGCCUCCAACAAAUCUCUACUGAGAGGCUGUAAUCUGUCAGAGAGAAGCUGUGCAGCUCUGUCUUCAGUUCUCAGCUCUCAGUCCUCCAGACUCAGAGAUCUGGAUCUGAGUUUCAACAAGCUGCAGGAUUCAGGAGUGAAGCUUCUGUCUGCUGGACUGGAGAGUCCACACUGUAAACUGGAGACUCUCAGGUUGAUGAACUGCAGUUUGUCAGAGAUCAGAUGUGAAGUUCUGGUCGUAUCUUUGAAGCCCAACCCAUCCAACCUGACAGAACUGGACCUGAGUUGGAACAAGAACUUCCAGGAUUCCGGAUUUCUUCAUCUGUGUAGUUUUCUAAAGCUGCCAGACUGCAGACUGCAGACUCUGAGGUUGAUGGACUGCAGUUUGUCAAAGAACAUCUGGAAACCUCUGAUCUCAGCUCUAAAGUCCAACCCGUCCAAUCUGGGAGAACUUGAUCUCAGGUGGAACAGAGACCUGCAGGAUUCAGGAUUUCCUCAUUUGUCUGGUUUUCUGGAGAGUCCAGACUACAGACUUCAGACUCUGAAGUUGAAGGACUGCAGUUUGUCAGAGAUCAGGGGUAAAGCUCUGAGUUCAUCUGAGAAUCACAACCUGUCCAACCUGACAGAACUGAACCUGAGAGGGAACGACAUCCAGGAUUCAGGAUUUCUUCAUCUGUGUGGUUUUCUGGAGAGUCCAGACUGCAGACUGCAGACUCUGAGUUCAGAUGUCAGCACCCAUCUCCAACCACCAGAGGGAGCCCUCGCCAGAGUUCUGACUCCUACUGCUCCCUACUACAACUCCCAUCAGCCACUGCCAUGGACUCCUUCCUGCUCAGCUGUUCACCAUCAUCAUCAUCAUCACACAGCAUAUAAACCCACUGCAGCCUCCUUUCCAGUGUGAAGUCUUACAUUACUUAAACUCUGAGCUGUUUUCCCUUUGCCUGUUUCUCUGUGCCUUGACCUUUGCCUCCUUAUUGACCUCCUGCCUUGCCAUUGUGUUUUUGACCCUUGCCUGGACUCUGACUACGCUCAUGUCUUGCCCCUGCUCAUUAAAACAUUUGCACAUGGAUCCAAACGUCUCAGCCUCUUCAUCACAGUCUUUACAAAAGUUCAGAUGUUUGUUUUCGUAGGUGAAACACAAACUCACUGCUGAGGCUCUAGGAUGACUUCACUCUGUCCUCCUGCUCCUGGU